CAAACAAAAACUCAGCAAUCUCUCCACCGCUUCUCUCAGAAAAGUCCAGAACGCAGCAAAACACUUGCCCUGUUUCGGCGAGCUGCUCGUUCCUCCUUCAUCACGACCACACGAGACGAGAGUGGUGCUCCCGGACGCAUGAUGGCGCGCAGGCCGGGGGCAGAGGAGGAGAGGCCGUGGAAGCUGGCUGAGCACGCGAGGCUGGGGAAAGGGAAGGUGGUGGGCGUGGUGGUGCUGGACGGCUGGGGCGAGGCGCCGCCUGACCCUUUCAACUGCAUCCACGUCGCCGACACCCCCACCCUCGACGCCCUCAAGAAGGGUGCUCCGGAGAGGUGGAGGCUGAUCAAAGCUCACGGCAAGGCGGUGGGGCUGCCUACGGAUGAUGACAUGGGCAACAGCGAGGUCGGACACAAUGCGCUAGGAGCCGGCCAGAUAUAUGCCCAAGGUGCAAAACUGGUGGAUUUGGCGCUCGCCUCUGGGAAGAUAUAUGAGGGGGAGGGUUUUAAGUACAUCCAGCAGUCGUUUGAGACUGGUACUCUUCACCUCAUUGGUUUGCUGAGCGAUGGGGGAGUGCAUUCAAGGAUCGAUCAGCUGCAGCUGCUUCUGAAGGGGGCUAGUGAACAUGGAGCCAAGAGGAUACGGGUUCAUAUCCUUACGGACGGUCGCGACGUAUUGGAUGGCAGCAGUGUCACAUUCGUGGAGACGCUUGAGAAUGAUCUGGCAAAGUUACGGGACAAGGGCGUUGACGCAAGAAUUGCAUCUGGUGGAGGCAGGAUGUAUGUUACAAUGGACCGCUAUGAGAAUGAUUGGCAAGUUGUGAAGCGUGGUUGGGAUGCCCAGGUUCUUGGUGAAGCCCCACACAAGUUUCCAAAUGGCCAUGAAGCCGUGAAAAGGCUGAGGGAUGAUCCCAAGGCGAAUGACCAGUAUUUACCCCCCUUCGUCGUCGUCGAUGAAAGCGGGAACCCGGUCGGGCCCAUAGUGGAUGGAGACGCUGUUGUGACAUUUAACUUCAGAGCUGAUCGAAUGGUGAUGCUUGCGAAGGCGCUAGAGUACGAGGAUUUCGACAAAUUCGACCGUGUCAGAUUCCCCAAGGUUCGCUAUGCUGGUAUGCUUCAGUAUGACGGCGAACUGAAGCUGCCAAGUCAUUACCUUGUUGCUCCCCCGGAGAUCGAGAGGACGUCCGGUGAGUACCUGGCGCACAAUGGCGUACGCAUCUACGCUUGCAGCGAGACUGUGAAAUUUGGUCAUGUCACCUUUUUCUGGAACGGGAACCGGUCGGGCUGCUUCAACCCAAACCUCGAGAAAUACGAAGAAAUUCCAAGUGACACUGGUAUAGCCUUUAAUGAACAGCCAAGAAUGAAGGCCGUGGAAGUUGCAGAGAAGGCACGGGGUGCCAUCCUAAGUGGCAAAUUUGAUCAGGUACGGGUAAACAUCCCGAAUGGAGACAUGGUUGGGCACACAGGUGACCUUGAAGCCACCAUCGUUGGGUGCAAGGCCGCUGAUGAAGCCGUCAAGAUUAUUCUUGACGCCAUCGAACAAGUAGGCGGCAUCUUCGUGGUCACCGCAGACCAUGGCAAUGCCGAGGACAUGGUGAAAAGAGACAAAUCCGGGAAACCAAUUCGCGACAAAGACGGGAAUGUGCAGCCCCUUACCUCGCACACACUGAAUCCAGUCCCCAUCGCCAUCGGAGGUCCAGGGCUUGCGCCAGGGGCUGGAUUCCGGAAGGACCUUCCGGAUGCCGGGCUCGCUAACGUUGCGGCCACACUCAUCAACCUCCAUGGUUUUGAGGCCCCUCGUCACUAUGAGCCAACUCUUAUCCAAGUCUCUGGCGCCUCCCUUCUGAAUCCUUCAUCUGCCCCUCCCCUUCCCUUUCUCUAAGUCGCUGCUGGAUACCUGUGAUGGGCACGGCCAUGCUUAUGUGUGCAGUAGUAAAUAAAUGUCCACCUGGGCUCACCUAUGUAUUUUUUUUCUUCCCUUUGAAUGGACUGAUGUCCACCACUUCUGUCUGUAUCUAUGUGUGGCGUGAUCGUAUGCGGUUGCGGUGUCUAUUUCGGGCCUCUUUUUCCUGGGUAGAGGUUUGUUGAAAAAGCAUUUCAGAUCAUGGUAACCGAGUGAAAUCUAAUCAGGAGCGUUUACUCAAAUUUAGUGAGAAUCUUGACGCCAAACAGCUAAAUGAGAACAAAUUUAGUGAGAAUCUUGACGCCAAACAGCUAAAUGAGGACAAAUUUAGUGAGAAUCUUGACGCCAAACAGCUAAAUGAGGACAAAUUUAGUGAGAAUCUUGACGCCAAACAGCUAAAUGAGAACAAAUUUAGUGAGAAUCUUGACGCAAAAAAGCUAAAUGAGAACAAAUUUAGUGAGAAUCUUGACGCCAAAAAAGCUAAAUGAGAACAAAUUUAGUGAGAAUCUUGACGCCAAACAGCUAAAUGAGAACAAAUUUAGUGAGAAUCUUGACGCCAAACAGCUAAAUGAGAACUUGGAACAACAAGUCAUAUAAGCCUUCAGAGUUUUAGCUUCAAAUCUCAGAGGUUGGCGACACCAACAGUGGAUCAUCAAUCAGUUCUAGUCAAGCUGCCUGAUAUAACCAACUAACUGGAUGCAGUUAAAUCUGUCUUCUGCGGCAGUUAUCAGUCAAGAUCACCAGCAAAAAGGAAAGAAGGAGAAAGGUAACAUACCAGUCCUCUCAAACAACUCCAAAAAUACUUAAAAGAUGUACAGCAA